AUGAAUUUAGAACCAGCUCCUAUCGCAAAAAGUGAAAUUGUUUUUGAUGUUAAACCGUGGGAUGAUGAAACGAAUAUGAAAGAACUUGAAAAAAAUGUUCGUUCAAUUGAAUUAGAUGGACUUCUUUGGGGUACUUCCUCAACAUCAACAACAACAACAACAGCGACAACAUCACCAACGUGCGGCACUACUCCUGCCAAUCCGUCAGGACAAAUUUUGAAUUUAGCCGCUAAGGAUGCACAGACCACGUAUACACGUUACAGUUAUAGUUUCACGGCAAAUCACACUUCAGCAACUCUAUCAUUUAUAAUGACGGGUGAGGGUGGAGACGGUCCCCCUCACUAUUGGUUAUUAGACGAAAUAUCUGUGAAUCAUACAAAUGCAAACGCAGAUGUUCUAAUUAAUGGUGGUUUUGAAACUGGAAAUUUAAAUGGAUGGACACAAUUUUGUAAUACGAGUGCCAAUUGUGAUACAAAAUCAACUAAUGGUUAUACGCGAACGGUAACAAGCUCAUGUUAUGCAGGAACACACUGCGUCUACGAUUCAUGUAAAAAUACUGACUAUCUAGAACAAUCAUUUUCUACUGUGGCGGGAGAUUACUAUUUUAUAUCAUAUUAUCUCAGGAUCGAACCUGAUGCAGGAGGGCCUUUGCAAAUGUAUGUCACAUUAACUUAA